UUCGAGGCUCUCAGUCGUGCCGGGAACUCGCUUCGUUGCGGGGUGACCUCUUCUCUUCUCGGUCAGGUACAUCGCGUUUUUCAUGUCGAACGUGAUACUUCUUUUUACAUUACCGAUAAACGACGAGUAAAGAAUAUUUUUUGCCUUACUGAUGAUCUCGCGACACGUUAUUUAUCUAACUCGAUCAUCCGCGUGUUAUUAUCGAAUGGUCUUCUCGUCAUCGUGAGAACCGAGAUCGUUGAACAAUCGUUUUGCUCGAAAGAGGUCCGAGAUUGAUUGGUUUGAUUGAACAUUCUUUUUAUAUCGAACAAAUUUAGUGUUCGAAUAUACAAGAACGUUAAUAAUCUAUUUCCGUCAUAAUAUUCUAGUAUUUAUGUGAUCCGAAGGGAAUCUAGGGAAAGAGGCUGAUAGGAACGUGUCGACAAACAGGAACAAUUCUCUUGAUCCUUCCUUGAUCCUUUGGUGUUUAAUCAUAAAAGGGGACAAGUAUGAGAAACCAACCAAUUGACCAAGGUAAUAAGGAAAGUUUUGCGCGCCGAAGGAAUGUUUUAAAGAUAUGUGCCGUUAUCACGUUGAAAGGGACAUCUCUAUUUUCCUAAGAGAUUUUCUACUAUAUCCAUCUAAAAAAUUCCACUCGCAUUCUCUUGGAUCUUUCUUCGUAAAAAAGAAAAAAAGCGAUACCCCUCUCUUUCUCAUUUCUUCAAUGUAAAAGCAUCAGGACGACCAGUACGAUAUCAACACACAAAAGAGACAGUUCGUUGUUAUCGACGAAUGGCCGAAGAUCAAACGUGAGUCUCAUCCCUCGCCAAAGAUUUGCCUCUUUAAGUCGGAAAUCCAGAGAUUCUUUUCCGGUCAGUCGAACCUACGACGUGUUUCCUCUUACUGGGUUUCUAUCACGAAGGAAAAAAAAGAAUUUGCAGGUACUAAAUUUCAUCUCUACAAAGGAACAUAACCUGUCAUAAAUCGAACGUGUUUUAUUUUCCAAUUAAAAGAGACUUUUAUCGACAAUCGUACAAGGCAUAUAAAUAUCUUAUUCGUGAAUUUCUUUCAAAGCAAUAAUUAAAGACGUGAUAUAUAUACCUAGUAUUAUACAACUACUACUACUAGUACUAUAUAUAUUCCGUGUCUAUAUAUAAGAGGGCAAGAUAAUUGAAUAUAAUUAAUGCGAUUGAUAAGACAGAGCAAGGGUUGCGACUUCGUUUUUCGCCAAUUAGCGCAUUAACAUCUUAUCGGUCAUCUGCCGGAUUGUACAGUUACGAUUUGAACUUACCGACAGGACGUAUAAUUGACGUAACCGUGUGAGAGAAAGACAAGUAAGAGAAGAAGAGAAGAGAAAGAAGAAGAAGAAAAAGAAGAAGAAGAAGAGGAGGAGGAGGAGGAGCAAAAUCGAAGGAAAAGAUAAAACGCGAACUCGUGAGAGAGUUGAACGUGCUCGCCUUGCGUUCUUUGUCCGAGUGAGAAAGAGGGAGAUAGAGUGUGGCGAACAGAGAGAGAGAGAGAGUGAGAGAGAAGGGGAGAGAGAGAGAGAGAGAGAGAGAGAGGAAACGAGAGGGGUGAAAACUAGGUGAAGCUCAACGAAGAAAGAUUGACAAUCCCGUUUCAUUGCAGUUUGCUCUGUUAUUGUCUGCGCGUAACAUUAGUUUCUCCUUUUCUCUCUCUCUCUCACUCUCUUUAUCUCUCUUUCUCUUUGUCUUUCUCUAUCUAUUUAUCUAUCUAUCUGUCUUCCCUUAUUUCAUCUUCUUUCAUGCACAUUGAAACGGCCUUUAACGAGCUAUUCUCUUACGCGUUAAAGAAGACAAGCUGUCCUUUCUCCGUCAUUUGAUUUCGAAUUUCUCGAUGGAUGUUCUCGAUUGAUCGAUCAUCGAUCGAUCGAUUGAUUUAAUUGAUGAAUUUUGUCGAAUGAUUUAACGAUGGAAUAAAGAAAAGAAAAAGAGCUUAGAAAAAAAGUGGGAGAACUGCGAAUAGGGGAGGGGAAAAAAGAAGAAGCAUAGGAAGUAUGGUACGAUGGUGUAUCCUAUAUCGAAGGGACUUCCAUCAGGAUCUUCUUUGGUUUAUAUCACGAGAUGAACGAUUUCGCAUGAGUACGCAGGAGCCGCAAGCGCGGAAAUUUAUUCUACGAUCUGAACGAUUUUCAUCGUCAUAAUUUCCGUCUCCACGCGCUCGUGCAAAAGAGUAAGAGAGAAGUACAGUAAGAGAGAAAAAGAGAGAGAGAGAGAGAGAGAGAGAGACAGAUAGACAGAUAGACAGAAUCGCUGUGACUAGAAUCAAAAAGAGGAAGGAAAGAAAUUCUGCUAUGUCUGCAGUGAGAAGGAUCGAUUGAUCGAACUUCGCCAGAUCGAACUUUGUCAAGAAGAUAGAAAAGGCAUAGGAAAAAAGUGAAAAAAGGAAGAGAGAGAGAGAAGGGGGGAAGAAAGAGAGAGAACGAAAGAGAGAGAGAGAGAGAGAGAGAGAGAGAGAGAAAUAGAACGGAUAAAGGAAAGGAGAGCAUGCUGUCUUGGAGCACGUGACGAACGGAGUUGUUUCCUUUUGGCUUCGAAAGGAAGGCAAAGUCGCGUCCGUGGGGUUUCUCUUCCUUCAUUCGACGCGGACGACGUCUUAAAACCAGUAAUCGUCUGUCCGCGUAUGAAAAGCCUGUGAAGAUGGUGAACGAGAGGGGAGGAUUAACAUAGAGACGAGCUCGAGCUUCGAUCUUCGCCACGAGAAAAUUAUCACGCUGAGGUGGAGGAUGGAGGAGUUGGAGACGCUGGAGAGCACAGAGUGCCCGGAGUGUCCCGGGCCACCCCCUGAGUUCCGAUUGCCACCACCCCCUCGACCACCUUUCCUCACCGAAGGUACCUUCUGUUCGGAGGCGCCCCUAGCCGAGCUCGAAGACUGUGUUGCCAUUCCGAUGAUCGACGCAUCUUAUCACACGAAUCCGUCGCUACAAAGCACUGCCCUGAUUAUUACGUGUGCGGUGGUCCUUCUUCUGAUGGCAGCAAUCGUCUCUGUUGUUUUUUGGAAGCACAAACGAAAAGUCCAAAAUCUAUUGCCGUGCAAGAGCGCAGCGAGUGCAGCAGCGGCCGCAGCCGCAGGCCGGACGCGGGUCCUUCCGGACUGCCAAUCUCACGGUGGUUCGGGCAACACCAGCGCCGCCGUUCUCUACGAGGAUUUGCCGGACGCUAUGACGCACUCCCAGCUGCACAAUCACUUGCCGAGUCACCAUCCUAUCGGUCAAACGCCGACGAUCGAGAUGCUGGACGUGAAGGAAGGCGGCAGAGGUGUCUUCGUCUGUAGCAGUCCUGGUCCAGAUCCUUACACGUCUCAGGAUCUUUAUAAUCCUGUCUACGAGGAACUUAGCAACGGGGACCACCCGGAGACGGAUGAGGAGAGCGAGUUGAAUGCACGAAAUCGUUUACAUCAUCAUCAUUGUCAUCAUCGUCGAGCAUCGACAUCGAAACCUGCUAGUGAGGACGAAUUCGCCGAGGAUGAACUCUCGGUCGGUGAACCUUCCGAAGCAAGGAUGCUCACGUCAAAUGGUCCCGCAUGGGGCACGUGUCCUGCCGGAAACAGACAGCCAAGGGAGCGAAGAGGCAGAAGCCCGAGGAGUCUCGAUCGACGCAAGAGAGACAAAAGUCACGACGUCGGCGAGUUCCACGAGGGGAUGCUCCUCGAUGCUUUGCUACAACUUUAUCCUAGUGUGGCAGUUUAUUUUUCAGGAGUAGCAGGGAGCAGAACGAACAGUAAUCAACGACAACAGUCCGUCCCUUCGGUGGCACAUAGGCUGCCAUAUUUUGUGCCGCCGAUGCCAGCAGCUCAAGCUCUCAGACUCGAAGAAAAUCCAUACGAAAGCGUGCCUGUCCUCGGGCCGCUUCAUCGUUACUCCAGUCAAAGCAGAAGUAACAAGGAGAGAUCAAAGAAGUCAAAUGAAAAGUACAAGUACAUGAGUGCUAGCCGUGACGGUGGCGGCAGUGGUGGUGUUGGUGGUGGUGGUGGUGGUGGUAGUUGUGGUGGUGUCAGUGGUGGUGUCGAUGGUAGCGGCAAUCAAUAUACUACCGAUUAUUAUGGUCUUCAGAAUCAAGAAACGACGCCGGUUUAUACGCAAGUUGGCGGAGAUACUUAUUCCUCGGACACUUACUCUCAACCGACAGACAGACUUUACAACGAAGACAAGUAUACACAACCAGUUUAUUAUGCGCCUAGGGAUAACGAUCAAGUCUCUACAGGAAGAUUAUACCAAGGUCAACCGGACAGCAGCUUUGGCAGUGACAGUGGUUACAGUCAUCAUACAUCUGGUACCACGGGAACCAGUGGCACACGUGGCAGCAAUUCGAGAACCAAUCACAGAAAGGACAAACAUCGAAAUUCUCAUCAUUCUCAUCAUUCCGCCGAUUAUAUCGUUUCUUAAUGAAUAUGCGAAUGGACAAGACUGUUCACUUGAUUAUAACGAUGGAUCCUGCUUCUUUCUCAAUUCACGAAAGAAAGAAAGAGAAAAAGAGAAAAGAAAAGAAAGAAAGGAAAGAAGAAGUUUUGGUGCUUACUUUUUAUCGAUAACAAACGUAACGAUCGAUCUAAUUAUUUUUUUUCGUUAAUGUUGUUUUAUCUUAUUUGUUAAGAGAGUCCAUUGACUCUUUGUUAUUGUUCCUUGAAACUUAGGAGUUUCUACAUGACAAUUACGUUUCUCCUAGUUUGUUUUAUAAGUGGCCAUGUGUUUUUGUUCGUAAGGACCGAUUAGAAAUGUGAAAAGACACGAUACGCUGAUACAGGAAGUGACAGUAAUUGUUUUAGUAUAGUAUAUUACCGCGUAACUAUUUAAUAUUAACUUAUUUGCAAUUAGUACUCAGGCUAGUACCAAAGCACGCUGUGUUUAGAAACAUUGCGUUUUCCUUUUCUAUUCUUCUAUAUUUCCUUAUUCUAACUCGUUUGUAAGUCAUAAAUAAGAAUGAAACGAGGAGGAUCGGUUUGAAAGGCCAAAGCGUUUUUGUGCGAGACGUGCGACUGUCGUUUGAGAAGAAGUAAUGUUCCAAUGUUAAUUCGAUUGAGCGUAAAAAAAAGGGAAUGAUACACCCUUGUUGACGAAUUUUUAAGGCACAAAUCGAUACGAACUAACCUGGAAGAAAUUAGAUAGAUUAGUCCAUCCACUGCCACGCGAUCGAGUCAUAGAUCGGCCGUACAUAAUUAUUAUAGUUAGUGUCACUCGACACGUUUUCGUACAAACGCUGACGCAGAAGGUUUCUUCCGCGUUUUAAUCAUACCGGUUUGAGAAAAUCCUUUGAUAUCACAAUUUCGCAUAUAUAGCGAUCGUUAAUAGAAUAUCUUUUUAGAAUGCUUCGUACGAACUUAUGCUAAACAUUUAUUAAAAAUCAUUUAAUAUCGAAAUACACACACUGCCCGUACAUACCUCCGACGAAUAAAACAAUUUCUCGAAGCAAUUAAAGUUAACUUCGUAUUUUUCUAACUCCCUUCGUAGAAAGGAAACAGAGAACGAAAGGAACGAAUAUUGAAUGAAGACGCUUACGUUUACAUUUCAUUUUGAUCAAUCCCGGUCGUAGAAAUAUUCGAUUCUUUGAAUGAACGAAAUGAAUUAAAACGAUACGUAUAAUUGCCACUCGCAAACGAUACCUACUGCUGGUUACCAUCGAAAUAUCGAUUUAACUUUGUUACGAUUUAUUCGCUGCUCGAAUCAUUUGAUAGUAUAUAAGAUUUCCAGUAUACAGAGAGAAAUUCGAAAUACUUUCCCGAAGCUUUUUUUUUUUUUUUUUUUUUUUUUAAUUUCUCUUUCGAUCUUCGAUAUGAGAGUUUGGUAAUCGAUUAAAUGCAAAAUUUCAAAGGAACUUCCGAAUGUGGAUGUACCGUUAAAACUUUCGAGUUUCGUUUUAUCGCAUACACCUACCUAUUUGCAAAGCAUGUGGCUUCUCGAUCGACAACAAUCAAACCUAUUGAAUUUUUAAUGCAGUCUUCUUCGAUGGGGGAUGUACUAUUACUUUGAAAAACCACAAAAGCCGAGCUAUCGAGAAAAUAAGUUAGACGUAACGUUAUCCAUUAUUCAUCGAGAUACGUAGUUUCGUAGAAACGAAGAGGAAUGAAAAAAGUGAAAGGGAUUCAUUUUAACGAACACUUUACCGGCUUCUAUUUGAUCGCACAUGUUUUUCUCGUUAUGCCGCAUCUUUGGCUCUGUAUCCACGAGAGGAGAGAAAAAAAAAUAUAUAU